AUGCGGUUGAGUCCCGCGCUAGUUUUCAUUGAUUUCUUUCUACUCACAUCAGUUUCUGGACUCAAUUCGGACGAAGGAACUGAAGAAAGGCCCAUAAUGGGCAAAGACAUUGACUUGAGUAAUUUUCUACGUUCCUUCGAUUAUGCUAACACGUACGAACAGGUCAUCAAGAAGUCGAGUUACGAUGUUCUUGCAUACGUAACGCCGUGGAACUCAAAAGGUUACGAGAAGGCGGGGGUUUUUGCAAACAAGUUCACCAUAAUCGCACCUGUUUGGUUCCAGUUGAAACCUGUUACCUAUGAGAUUAAUGGCCAUCAUGAUUUUGACCAGAAGUGGAUGGAAAGAGUUAAGUCAGUUAAAGGCGAUGUCAAGUUUGCGCCAAGAGUCAUUUUUGAGGAUUGGGACGCCGGUGAUUACCAAAGCGUGCUGUCUAAUAGUAAAAGCAGGGUGGAUUGUAUCAGAGCUCUUCGUACCCUUAGCAAGGCUAAUGGAAUCGAUGGGCUCACGCUGGAAGUAUGGAUGCAACACUUUGGGACAUCCCAGAAUGUUUUGAUUGACUUCUUAGUUGAACUCGCCAAGGGUCUUCACAAAGACAGGAAGAUCCUCAUUCUUCCUAUUCCCCCGUCUGUCUAUAAGGGGAAUUUCGAGGGACGAUUUAGCAAGGCUCACUUUGACAUGCUGGUAAAUCAUAUCGACUUCUUUAGUCUAAUGACCUAUGACUACUCCAAUCCUUUUGCGCCCGGUGAAAAUGCCCCUAUAAAGUGGGCGAUUCAAUGCGUCAAAAACCUGGUUCCAGAUGAAAAGGACAGUAAAAAUCAAGCUACAAAACGGGCCAAAAUCCUGCUCGGUGUCAAUUUUUAUGGCUAUGACUAUGUGCCUGACAAGAGGCAGGGCAGGGCUGUCCUGGGUCAUGAUGUGGUGGAAGUGGCGAGAAAGUACUCUCCUGUUUUCAAAUGGCAUGGAGAGAGUGCUGAACACUCGCUGGAGUACGCUGAUGAUGGCCAAACAAAGCAUUCCCUUUUCUUUCCCACUGCGUAUUCCAUUGCAAGGCGAGUUGCAGCGGCAGAAGAGCUCGGGGUUGGACUGUCCAUCUGGGAGAUUGGCCAGGAGACUUCUUUAGAAGCGUUUGGUGAGGAUGUUUACAGCAGCGCAUCAUUGCAGGCCGCCGAUAUGUACUUCCAAACCAGUGCUCACAUCGCUCUGGGGGAGUAUGAAAAGCAGCAACCCUGGCUUAGCAGUAAGGGCUCGAUUUCUGAAGAUAUGUCAGCGCCCUCCUUAAAAGUGACGCACGCGAGUAUGCCGACGACAGCUCCAAAGAAAAGUCAGGAAUUUGCUGAUAAAAGCAAGCCUCAAGCUAUUCGUGACAGCAAUAUUGUUGCUGCUAAGGCUGUUGCCGAUGCUAUUCGUACAAGUCUGGGUCCUAGAGGCAUGGAUAAAAUGAUUCUAGAACCCAAAGGUGAUGUUACAAUAACGAAUGACGGUGCAACCAUUCUCAAGCAAAUGAAGCUUCUUCAUCCAGCCGCAAAAAUGCUUGUGGAGCUUUCUAAGGCACAGGACAUUGAGGCUGGCGAUGGAACAACUUCUGUUGUCGUUCUCGCCGGAAGUCUUCUUGAUGCAAGCGCCAAGUUGUUAAACAAGGGACUUCACCCGACCGUAAUCUCCGAGGCAUUUCAGUUAGCAGCUUCAAAGGCAUGUGAGAUUAUUUCUGCGAUGUCCCAACCAAUCGAUCUUGCUAACAAAGAUGUACUGCUUAAAAUCGCCUCCACCUCGUUAAAUUCUAAAGUCGUGUCGCAGUACUCUAGCAUCCUCUCUCCGAUUGCUGUCGAUUCUGUUUUGGCUGUUACCGACUCGAAUGACCCUGAAUCAGUCAGCCUUAGUGAUAUAAGAAUCGUAAAGAAACUCGGCGGAACCAUCGAGGAUGCCCAACUUAUUGACGGUCUUCUGCUGAACCAAAAGGUUGAAUCCGGUUGUGGUGUUCAUCGAGUUGAAAAGGCUAAGAUUGCCCUGGUGCAAUUUUGCAUAUCUCCGCCCAAAACUGAUAUGGAGAAUAAUGUGGUCGUCACUGACUACACACAAAUGGAUCGCAUCAUGAAGGAAGAGCGGCAAUACAUUCUCAACAUUGUGAAGGCUGUCAAGAAAUCCGGUGCCAACGUGAUUCUCGUACAAAAGAGCAUUCUUCGUGACGCUGUCAACGAUCUUGCUCUGCACUACUUCGGCAAACUUAAAAUCAUGGUUGUGAAGGAUGUUGAACGUGAUGAAGUUGAGUUUAUCUGUAAGACUCUGAACUGUGUGCCGGCUGCUAGUGUAGACCAUCUCACUCCUGAAGUGCUAGGCAAAGCGGAUCUUGUCGAGGAAAUUGAAAGUGGUGGAUCUAAGAUCGUUAAGGUCACUGGCAUUCAAAACAAGGGUCGCACCGUCUCUGUCCUCCUCAGAGGAUCCAACAAAUUGGUCUUAGAAGAGGCUGACAGGUCUCUCCACGAUGCUCUUUGUGUCAUUCGUUGCCUUGUCAAGCGUCGGGCCCUGAUUGCUGGUGGUGGGGCCCCCGAGAUUGAAAUUUCCCAGAAGUUAGCACAUUUAGCAAACCAGACUACCGGCUUGGAGCAGUAUUGUUUGAGGGCGUUUUCCGACGCCAUGGAGGUGAUUCCUUACACCCUUGCGGAAAAUGCCGGCCUCAAUCCCAUCCAGACAGUUACUGAACUUAGGGCGCGCCACUCGAAUGGAGAGGUCAACUGUGGCAUCAACGUUCGCAAGGGUUUUGUCAGUGACAUGAUGGCGGAGAACGUCCUUCAGCCUCUUCAGGUCACCUAUAGUGCUGUCACUUUGGCGACGGAAACGGUUCGCAGCAUUUUAAAGAUUGAUGACGUGAUUAACGCAGUGCGCUUUUAA